AAGUUUUUUUGUUUUGUAAAAAGUAUCGACAGUAUCUUUUAGCUUUAGCUUUGAAAAAUUCUUUAGUCAAAUAAAUGCAAUAUUAUUUUGAUCUUUAAAAUAAAAUAAAUAACAUAUGGUUAAUUUGUACAUGAUUUUCAAGAAGAAUUUAAUUUAAGACAUGGAUUCGACAAAUAGGAGUAAAAUAAGCAAAAGUGCUAUUCCAUUUUCCGAAGCUUUGGAAAAAACUGGCUUCGGAAUAUUCAACUAUGUCCUAAUAAUCCUCGGUGGAUUGCUAUUGACAUGUAACUAUUAUGAAACUGCUGUUGCUAGUUUUAUACUUCCAGCUGCAGGAUGUGACUUAGAACUGACAAACCAAGAAAAAGGCAUAUUAUCAGCUAUUGGAUAUAUUGGAAUAAUUGUCAGUUCACAUUUUUGGGGAUUUUUAGCGGACACAAAAGGCAGACGAUAUGUUAUUUUACCUGCAAUUUUGAUAAGUACAACAGUAUCUGUAUUGUCAAGUUUUUCAAAUACAUUUUGGUUGCUUGUUCUUCUAAGAUUUUUAAAUGGAUUUUUUGUUUCUGGUGCAUCAGCAACUGUCUACGCAUAUGUUGGAGAGUUUCAUACAGAUCACUCAAGGACUCGUGUAAUUAUGGCAUCGUCAUGUGUUUUUUCUAUUGGAUGUAUGCUAUUGCCCUGUAUAGCUUGGGCAGUUAUUAAUCAAAGUUGGUCUUUGCCAAUACCUUUUCUUGGAGUAGUCUACAAACCGUGGAGACUUUAUAUAGUAGCUUGUGCAUGUCCAGGAAUUCUCUCUGCAAUUAUCAUAAUGUUUUAUCCUGAAAGUCCGAAAUUUCUCAUGUCUAUUGGCAAGAACGAGGAAGCUCUAAAGAUUUUAAGAAAAAUACAUAAAUGGAACAAAGGAAGUGGAGAUUUUCAAAUACGUGAAAUUAUAUUUGAUGAGGAUACAUCAUCAUUGAAGAAUGCCUCAACCAAAAGUUCCAGUUUUAUUGUAAUUUUUUUCCAAACAAUGUGGAGACAAACUGCACCACUUUUACAAAAAGGUUUAAUCCUUUCGACUGUUUUAGCUUGUACAAUUCAAUUUUGGAUUUUUGUCACUCUCCAUGGAAUGGCAAUUUGGUUUCCCUACACAGUUCAUAAUAUGGUGGAGUUUAGGAAAAAUAAUCCAGGCAAUUCAUCUAGUAUUUGUGAUGUUAUUUAUGCUAAGGAAUUUCAAUUGGAAAACGAACGAAAACAGGGUAUUGAUAACGUCAAUGAAUGCAAUGAACAAUUUGAAAAUCAAACUUUUAUUCUACACAUUUUGAUUGAAUUUUUCUAUGGAAUGGGAUUCUUUGUUAUUGGUUUUCUAGUUAAUAGAGUUAAAAAAACUCAUAUUCUUUUUUUUGUAUUAUUUGUUUUUGGAAGUUGUGGAAUUUGGAUAAAUUUCAUCUAUAAUACAACUUUAGCUUUACUCGUAUAUAAUAUGCUAUUUUUAGCAGGAGUUGGAAUUCAAGUUACAAGCGAAAUUGUGGUAGACUUGUAUCCUACAUAUUUAAGGGCUAUGGCACUUUGCAUUUCUUUGAUGUUUGGUCGAUUGGGUGGUGUAUUUGGAGCUUAUAUAGUUUCCUGGCUUUUGACAACUAAUUGCGAGUUGACUUUCAACAUUGCUGGAGUGAGUCUCAUGUUAUCGGGACUUUUAACUUUUUUGAUUCCGAAAGUAAAAACUUUUGAUAAAAACGAUCCGUAAUAUUUAUUCGAAUUAGACUUGUUACUGAUUAUAUUAAUCUAAGCAAGACCUAAGAAAAGUCACAAAUGGUUUCAUAAGAGAAUAAAGUUCGUUUUGUAUAAUA